GGUUUCUACUCUAAUGUCAAUCCGGCCUCGGGACUUCAUAGCAUAAGAAUGAGGUUCAGUGCGACAUCACUUGUGUUAUGAACACCUACCUAGUAUCACUUGGGUAGCUGAAGUAAGCUGCAUCAUUGGAUUCUUGAGAAGAAGAAAGCAGUAAUGACUCUAGGAUGAUUAUCAUUGAGUUGAUACCAUAGUCAUUGUGAGCGAAUUGCGCCGGUUUCAUGUCCAAUCCAAGCAGCUCAAUAACUUCGUUUCGCAAGAGUCGAGCUCAAGUUCAGCCACGAGCACUUCCAACCUUUAGAAUCACAAAACAUGACUACAUAUAACUCCUGUUCCAGAAUAUUGAGUCACUAUGAAUUCAAAUGGUUCAAUACUUGUCUCGCUUCCCCGGAGUGUUGUUAAUAUUGAGGUUCAGAUAGGGUUAUAGUCACGAGGCUGUUAUAAUUCCUGCUCCGAGAACGUUGCUAGCAACGCGGAGUUCAGUCAUGUCUCCAAGAACGAGUAUUUGGAGCGCAUGCAGAGCUCUCGCAAUUCGAUCGAGACCUGUCGCCCCUCGACCAGCCCCAUUCAUCCAGUCUCUUCCGCGCAACAGAUGGUAUUCGAGCGAAGGAAACAAUCAUCCUCCGAAGGCAAUUGAUAACUCUCAAGAGGCUCAGAACUCCCAGGUUGGCUCAGAAUCUAAGGAGGGAAUGUCGGCAGCAGAAAAUGGAGAGGUUGAGGUGACUUCUUCGACGUCCAGUGCCGAAGUUAUCGACGAUACGACACUUGAACAAUUAUUUUUCGGUGGCCGUACACAGACCAGCUCAGUUGGGGGUGGUGAGGGUGGCCUGACACCGGCACAGGAGGAUGUUCUUUACCGAGAGGGUACUAUUCCUUCGGCCGAGAAGGCUGAAGCUCUCGUUGCAGCAGCAGAGAAGUCCGAGUUGGAGACCACGGACAGCACAGAGAUGCAAAACCCAGGACACAAGUUUGGUCUCCCCAAGAGGCCGUGGCCGCAAGGGUUCAAUCUGAAGAAACGUUACCACCCCGUGUUGGAGCAAAUUACCCGACUCCUCAUGAAGGAUGGUAAGCUCAGUGUUGCUCAACGAAAUAUGGCCAUUGUCAUGAACUACCUCCGAACCGCACCACCUCCGAUCUAUAGCCCGAAAUACCCUCUACUGCCCGGAACUCCCCCGGCCUCACAUCUCCCUCUCAACCCAAUCCUGUACAUCACAGUUGCCGUAGACUCGGUGGCCCCUCUUCUCAAAAUCCGCAACGUGGCCGGCGCCGGUGGUGGUGGUCGUGCACUUGAACUUCCUGUACCUCUGGGUGUGAGGCAGCGACGACGAGUAGCGUUCAAGUGGAUUCUGGACGUGAUCAACAAGAAGCCCUCCAAGGGCAGUGGACGCAAGCAAUUCCCAUACAGGAUUGCUGAGGAGAUCGUUGCAGUUGUUGAGGGGCGUUCGGGUGUGUGGGAAAAGCGAAAGCAGGUGCAUAAGCUGGGUACAGCGGCACGAGCUAAUGUUGGAUCUAACAAGCUCAAGGUCAAGAAGAAGAUGUAGAUUUAGACGAGGUGCAAAUGGAACGCCUGGUCCUCCGGAUGUAUAGUAGAUGUGCAAAAUAUGUAACUAUAUCAAGAUACUGAUGAAAAUACGCAUUUAAUGUUACUGUACCUACUGCUCAACUUGCCAUUCAGGGGAAUCCACAGACUGUCCCGAAUCUCCAAGCUCA